CUGUCCCUGUUUCUGCCCUCCCUAGCGUCCGACCUCUCUCACUUAUUCUCCGUCUAUAUCGAACCCGGGGUUUGGAAACUUGAGGCAGACGUUAUCAGUGUUCCACCACGCGGCCUGAGAGGCAGACGGAACUGCACGCGGGAGCUGUCGCCACCGCUGACUCUCGUUGACGAUAACACUUCAAAGAGUUUCCAACGGUAGGCAUCCAAUCCCGGUAGAGUUAGCAGAAGCUUAAAUUAACUUGACUUUUAUUGCAAGAGGCCAGAUAGUAUUUCGUUCCAAGCAAGCAAGUACUUAGAAUUGUUUGUCUGCCGAAAGCCGAGCAGCUAUACGGUGCGAGAUAGGAGAUUGUAUCUUUCGGUCGAGGAGCUCGGGGCGACAUAACAGUCGGGGAUUGUCGUCGACGAUUAGCAAAUCCGCCGUCCCUACGACGCCUCGUAGCUCUGUGGUAAACUAUACACCGUGAUUAUGUACUGAAACUUAUGGUGGGACAUGAUUGGUCGCCGUUCGUCACGUGGUUGCAUGGGCUGUGCCAUAUAUGGAAUAAUGCGCUAUUAAAAGUGUGCCAGAGGUUUCCCGGAGUGCAGUGUGGCCAUAAUUCAUCAAAAUUGCAAAGGAUAUUGGCACCAUUAUUGCUGUGCCACAAAUCAAACGGAACAGAUGAGUUCCUACCAAUUCGUCAAUACACUUACGUCGUGUUACGGUCGUGGCAGUCAGGAUUCCGCUGACUAUUAUACGCCACAAGUACAACAAGCUUACGGGAACUGUUAUAGCGGACCCUCGUCACCUGUCCAACAAUACGGUCCGCCAUAUAGCGCACCAAAUGUACCCCACCUUCAGAACGGCGACCAUCAUCCUUACAGUAGUUGCGCUCAGCGUUUGAAUCAUCCGAGUCAAACCCAAAGUCCGAGAACUCCUACACCGUCGGCUACACCAGUGCCGAGUUGCAAGUAUGCCGAGGCCUCGACGGGUGGAUCGCCGCAAGACCUCACGACAACAGGACCACAUCAGCAGCACCAACCUUCGAGUCCCGAUCCCCAGUCUUCGCCUCCCACACCACGUCCCGUCGGUGUCCAACAAAAAUCCCACCAACAACAGCAACAGUCGGCUCAGCAGCCUUCUCCGCAACCACCACAGCAACCCCAUCAACAGACAUCGCCGACACCUCAACCGCAGUCACCGGGAGGACAGUCGGCGUCGCAGAAACAGAACUACACAACACCACAGAUUUAUCCAUGGAUGAGAAAAGUCCACGUCGGUCAAAACGGUGUCAACGCCAUGGGUGAGACCAAGAGGCAGCGAACAUCCUACACACGCUACCAGACUUUAGAAUUGGAGAAAGAGUUUCAUUUCAACCGUUAUCUGACGCGGAGAAGAAGGAUAGAAAUAGCUCACGCUCUAUGUCUAUCUGAACGACAGAUCAAGAUAUGGUUUCAGAAUCGACGGAUGAAAUGGAAGAAAGAGCAUAAGAUGGCCAACGCUGUGCCACCACAGAUACCUCAGAUGAUGCCAGAUCAUCAUCACCAUCUUCACAAUGAAACCAAAGCUUAAAUUUAGAUAUGGACACGGUGUUUACGUGCACAAUAUAUAAAAAAAAAAUAUUAUAUAAUAUACGUUACAACAAGUAUACGGAAAAAAAUAUAUACAUUCAAACUGUUCAUCAUUUUUGUCAAUAGUCUUCGGUUUUUCGAAAACCACGAAGAUUGAUACAGAGAGGAGGUGUAAGUUAUUUUCACGUUCUCGUGAAAGAAUUGAAGGCCAUAUAGAUUGCAUUAACAAAUUACUAUAUUUACUUCUCUUCUUUUAUCUGGAAAUGAUUGCCGUGAUGUUUAUCUGUCUUCAAAAAUGAUGUGAAUUUAAGACGGAUUCUUUGCCGAAACGAACUAUUGAAAAGGGUUGGGGCAAUACUUUUCACCUAAUCAAAAGAGAAGCUCACAUAUCUAUCUUAAGUUUAUCUAUAAUUAAAUUUCGAUUUAAAUAUUAAGUGCAAUAUAUUGAUCAGAAAAAGAUCAAAAUCGAACGGUAACCUGUCUGGUGGUAUCCAUAUAGAAUGUUAUUACAAAACAAGACGAAGAAUCUAAUCCUUCGACAGUAUUAAAAGACACUUUUAUGCUCGCACAUAAUUAAAUUUGUACAAUUUUCAAAAAAAAUAAGAAAAGUCGAGAUGUAGGCCUAUACGAGAAUGAAGCUUAAUGUAGUCUAUAUUUGAUAACAUCUAUUCAUAGUCUAAAUUUUCUUCAGUUUAAUCUAUAGAGCUACAUUGUAGUUGGCAUAGAUUAUUUAGGUUUUCAAAUACGUACGAAAAUAUAGGCUACGAUUAAGUUACGUCGCAUAGAUGACAACGUGAUAGAAUAGUGAUAUUUAUUGAGAAAAAAAAAAUACGUAAUAAAUCUAUCGUAUAGUGAAUUUAGGUUGCCAAAUAUCCAAGAAAUUCCAUUACGAAGAGAAUCCUACAAGAUUUAUAGAAAGUAUCAAGUGUAAAGAGGGGAAAAUUGUUUUAGUGUUAGAAUUCUUUGUUCGAAUGAGAUUUGUUGCAUAACUUAGGUAUAAUGUUCAAUAAUAUUAUCUGCAAGAUCAAGUUUUCAAUCUAAGUAAGACUAUUAUUUGCAUACAGGGAUACAUCUUCUUUUGUCAAAUGCUCUUUUUAAAGAUUCUUUUUCACAAAGUCAUCACCACAAUUCUGUUUAAAAGAGUUUCAGAUUUUCGUUAUUUUCUUACUUCUAACACUCUAGAGAACAUCGAGAAAGUCCUACUUUAAAGCUUCCUGUCUCUCUACCCAGAUUGAUUUCCGAUACGAGAAGGCUUGCUUGGUGGAGGUUAAACACACGAGCGGAGCAGAAACGGGAGAAGGGAAGUCCCCUAGAACAAAAGAAUGAGGGAAUAAAAAAGCUGCAGGAAUGUAGAACCCAUUUGUCGUUUCUCAUUUUGGUUACUUCAAUCCUUUCAUGGCUAUAGCUGAAGAGAGCGUUAGGAACUCAGUUCAGCGGUUCAAUUGGUAAUCUUGCUAAGCUUUCGGGGUCGCCGGAGGGCUCUUCAAUUCAAUUUUUUUCUUGACUUUCUAGGCUGUAGUUUAAAUUGUCCAGUUAAAGAAAAAGGAAAAAGAAAUAGAAAGGUUAUACAGUACUUUCAAAUCUUGUUUCGCUUCGGUGUAAGGCAUUUUUAUUAAAGAAACAAAAAGUUCCUUUCUAGAGAUCUUUCUAUUUACCUUUAUAGCUUUGAAAAUUUUUAAUGUUUUUGUUUAAGAUUUUCUAUAUUUUAAAUGUUUAAAUCAAAUGUUGAAAGCUGGUUUUUUGAAAUUUAAG